UUGAAUAUUUGUUGAUGAUCUUAUGUUUAAACAUUAUCCCAUAGUAACUUGAACCGGUUUUGCAUUUUAGUCUCCAUAUUUUAAGCACAUGUUGCAUUUUUUUUGUAAAAAAUUUAAUUAUUGAUAAGAAAUUAUUGUUUGAGGAUAACUUAUGUUGGGAUAAAAACUCUACGGACUUCAUAAUAUUAACAUGUGCAUGUAGACUUCAAUGAAUUCUAGGACUUUGCAAAAACUUUGAACCUCUGAUAUAUUGUUUCCAUAGUAACAGAUAUGGAGGAUAGACAAUCGUCAUACUUCCCUACAUCAUCCACACCUCGACCAGAUCAUCAUUCAUCAAUGCGACAGCCAUCCGCCAUAGACACGUCAUCAAGAAUGGGUCAAAGGUCGAGACUCGAACACCAGGAAAGCGACCGAAUGUCUAGAACCGGACAACCAUCUGCAAUUCAUAGACAACGAAAAGAGCAAAAAAUAUUUGAAACUGAAAUUGAAAAUGAUGUAAUAGAUACUAAAAGGAUACAUAAAUCAACUUCUCUAAAGAAUACGUCUACAAAAACAGACGAGAACAAACCACAAGUGGACUUCAAGUUGACAAAAGACUUAAAGAAAGAGGUUGAUGUUCCAGAAAUUAAGAAGAAACAACUUACUUAUCCAAUACCUAAACCCCCACCAACAAGGAAAGCGGAGAUAUUUAAAAUGGAAACUGCUGUAGAAAUUGAUAAAAGAGUCAUAAACGUUGACGUUGAAUCAGCUCCUGACAUGAAAGCUUUAACUUUAUCAUUGACCGUAAGAUAUUACAAGGAUGUCGAUAAGGUGCGGGCAAUAUUUGCCUGGAUGUGUCUUCAGAAGUUGGAUCAACUCGAUUAUUCACGCUCGAUAAACGACAAAUCACCUCUUCAUCAUUUAAAAGAAGUGAAAGAUAAAAAAUCAUCCUAUCCUGAAUUGUUUGCAAUUAUGUGCAAGAAUGUUGAUAUUCCCUGUCAUGUUGUGUCAGGUGUUGCAAAACUAGAAAACCAUGAAAUAGGCGAAACAGAAAUCGACAAAAACAGAGUUACAUGGAAUACGGUUUAUUGUGCAGAUGGGUGGAGGAUUGUUUUCUUUCAAUGGGCGUUCGAUACCGUAUCAACGAAGAAGAGACAAACAGAGCAGCAACCAGUUCACAUAGAGAGCACACCACUCUCAAGUAAAACGGGGUCAUUUAAAGAACCCUAUCAAAACGGUGAAUCGUCGACCCCGAAACUCCCUGCGAUUUCUAACUCUUCAGUCACAUCAAGAUCCUCAAAGACAUUUGCGCAUACAGGCAACUAUAAUCACAGUGUUUUGAAAAAGUUUGAAAAAGAGUCCAUUUUGAAUGUGAAUGAAUAUUAUUUCUUGACUGACCCAGAGGAGUUUAUCUUUCGAUGUUUCCCUGAUGAAGACAUGUGGCAACUACUUGGAAAACCACAUUCAAUAGAAAAGUUUCUGAAACUUCCAGUUGUAUCACAAGCUUUUUUCGAACAUCAUUUAAAAAUUUCAAGUCGCUUAAACGGCAUUAGAAAAGCUAAACACGGAUCUUGCAUAAUAUCUAUCAAGCGGAUGGACUCUACACAUAUUUUUCUCGAUCAUAAAUUUGAAUUGAUUGCAUCAGAGACCCCAGAUGUUGCUGUUGAACUAAAUUUUAAGUUCUUGGUGGCAGUUGUUCAUGACGAAAGAAAAACACAUUUCCAUAUGCGUUUCCCAGUUGAAGGAAUGUAUGAUUUUAAAGUUUUUGGAGGAGCUAGUGAAAAUGAUUCAGAAUUCUUGUGUUCAUUCAAGGUGAAUUGUGAAGAACCAAAACUGCGAUUCGAGGCACUACCGUUAGUUCCGGAAAUAGGAUUUGGACCUUGUCGUGUGACAGAGCGUUUCGGCAUGAAACUGGUUUCAAAGGUUACAGGGCUAAUAACAAUACGUGGACCAGACACCAUUGAUAUUGAUUUCAAGGUGUAUAAAGAUAUCAAAGUCAUUGCGGAGUUGAUUCAUCACACAAUACCGUCUUCGGACCUCGAAGAAUAUAUUCCACUUAAACAACACAAUGACGAUUUAUUCAUUACUGUUGGUGUUCCAAGAAACGGAGAGUAUGUCCUAAAACUACAUGCAAAACAUAGACGUUCGAAUAAAGACUUCAUUAAUGUGUGCAAUUUCCUUUUGAUGUCAGAAGAUCCAAAGAAACCAAGAAAACCUUUUGAAAGUGCAGGAGAUUUGAUGAUUCGGCAACAGUUGAUGAAUACACUUAAGACAUCCAAGAAUCCCGAGGAUGUACAAAUGGCAAUCGACAAGUUAAAUAAGGAGGAUUUACCAGACGAUGGCUGGCUUACGAAAGCAUAUGAAAGGCUGGAAUAUCUGAAAUUAGCUAAGGCAUUGAGAAAUGGCAUCAAUCGUAAAAAUGCCGAUGUUCUGGAAAAGGCAAUACAAGAUGCAAGACAGUCAAGUCUGGCAGAUAAGUUGGAUAAUUAUAUAAGAGAGGGCGAGCAGAUGUUACAAGAGGCUGACAAAAAUUCCGUGUUUAUACUGGAAAUGAAAAGAACAACAAUAUCAGAGGUACAUCGCUACAAGAAACCAAAACCAGUCAUGUACGAUGUAAUGAAAGCAACGUAUAUCUUACUAGGAGAAAAGCCAGAAUCGUUGACGACAUGGGAUGAGAUUGUUUACCUGAUGAGAAUGACAAGCAGAAAAAGUCUCUUAUAUAAGGUCAAACAAUUUGAUAAAAACUACGUUGACCCUUCCACCGCUCAAGAAGUGGACAGACUCCUUAAAACUCACACAUUAGAGGAGGCAAAGGCAUCUAGCGCCGGUGUAGGCACUUUCUUCAUGUGGGCCAGUGAUAUAAUAGAGCCUUUGACAAAGGUAAAAAAAUCUACUCAACCGAAAAAAGAACAGACAAUCAAUGGAUAUAAAGAAGAGGACACACUACAGACUACAGAAAACAGCUAAAAUAGACGUUUAGAAGAUGCAUUAUAUCAUGCGAUAUCAAACAGGGUUUAAAAAAAUAUUUGUCUAUAAUCUAUUAUUUUAACGAGUCUAAAUCUAUUAAUAUUAUAUUCUGUGGGUUGAUGCAAAAAUGUCUUUAAAAACCUGUUGUCAUGCAAUUCAUAGAAAACUUUGUCUAAAGUUUGGUUACAACCGUCAAAGAAAACUUAUUAAACUUUGACGGUCUUUGUUGGUAUAGAAGAAGGACAACAUAUGACACCUGGUCAAGUCUUCGUGUUCCAAGUUUUCUUUAUCAAACUUUUAAGUGAGAAAGUUUGAUUUUAAAUAACACAGCAGAAGACAAACUUUUAGAGAAAGGCUGAAAAUCAAAUAUCUGUUCAUAAUUUGUAUUACUUUAUUUAAUUUAUAAAUACGUAUAUUGUAGGGAAUAUG